AUGCUCCUGAAAGUUUACGGGGAUCCAGUCUGUGAAAUCAGCCAGCGCGCUUUCUUGACAGAGAACGUGUGCCGCACGUUUAGUUACCGUUCGGAAGACGAGGCAGAGUUCCCCCUGAAGGACUCAAAACGUCUGAUCCAGUGGUUAAAAGCUGUUCAGAGGGAUAACUGGACCCCCACUAAGUAUUCAUUCCUCUGUAGUGAACAUUUCACCAAAGACAGCUUCUCCAAAAGGCUGGAGGACCAGCACCGCCUGCUCAAGCCCACAGCCGUGCCCUCGAUAUUCCACCUGCCCGAGAAGAAGAGGGGGGCUGGGGGUCAUGGCCGCACCAGGAGAAAGGACACCAGCAAGGCCACAGGGGGCAUGAGGGGGCACUCGAGCACAGCAGCUGGGAAAGGAGCCACAGGUUGGUCGGCAUCCUCGAGUGAAAGCCUGAUGGCCAAGCCAGAGUCCCGCAAGUUGAAGCGAGCAGCUCUGCAGGAUGACACCGCACCCAGGGCUGCCCAGGAAGCCGUCAGUCAGGAGCUGGUGCAGCAGUCUCUGGAAACAACUCUAGGAGAUGGACUGGCCACCACAGCAGCAGGCAGUCAGGCAGAAGCACAAGUGUCUGCUGCAGUUGCUGGUGAUGAGAACGGCACCUCCUCCACGGAGGGGGGUGUGGCAGAUAAGAGUGGCAUUUCCAUAGAUGACUUUACUCCCCCAGGAUCUGGGGCAUGCAGAUUUAUUGGCUCACUUCAUUCUUACAGCUUCUCCUCUAAGCACACUCGAGAGAGGCCGUCUGUCCCCCGAGAGCCCAUCGACCGAAAGAGGCUGAAGAGAGAUGUGGAGCCGGGCUGCAGUGGGAGCAGUCUAGGGCCCGACAAGGGCUUGGCCCAGAGCCCCCCGAGUUCAUCACUCACAGCAACGCCUCAAAAGCCUUCCCAGAGCCCCUCCGCUCCUCCGACCGACGUCACCCCGAAGCCAGCCGCAGAAGCUGUGCAGAGUGCGCACAGCGAUGCCAGCCCCAUGUCCAUCAACGAGGUGAUCCUGUCGGCAUCGGGGGCCUGCAAACUCAUCGACUCACUGCACUCCUACUGCUUCUCCUCCCGGCAGAACAAGAGCCAGGUGUGCUGCCUGCGGGAGCAGGUGGAAAAGAAGAACGGAGAGCUGAAGAGCCUGCGGCAGCGCGUCAGCCGCUCUGACAGCCAGGUGCGCAAGCUGCGGGAGAAGCUGGACGAGCUGAAGAGAGUGAGCAUCCCCUACCUGAGUGGCCUGCUGUCCCCGAGCCGCGGUCAGUACCCCGAGCAAUCGCGACUCCCGCACUCCCUUCUGUUAGGAGGGGCAUUUCUGCAACGUGGCCGAUGUCCCCUGAGCACCUCUGUGGGCCAUGUGCUUCCUGUGGUCUCAGGAGGAAGCUCUGGUUGGUAG